CUUCCAUUUUCAGCAACCCAGAUUCCUCGGUAGCGUUGACUUGCAAAAGGGAUAUGGAUUAUGAUCACAAGAUUUCUUAGAUUAAAUAUCUUGAGCGACAAGUAAUCUGCAUACCAGGAAGAUUAGAUUAAGGUAUUGAAAUUGAAAGAAGGGUGAAGAUGUAAGGUAUCAGAAGAAGAAUUGUCACAGGUGUUCAUAAAUCACAAAUGAUCCUUCUUUGAAAGCCAAGUUCCAUAACAGCCCAAGAAAAGACUACCCAGGUUACCCAAGAAAUCCCCCAAUUCCCACUGAAUAGUAGAACGCAAGUUACCUUUCUAUGACAGCUGAUGUUUUCUUGAAAUUGGGUGGUUUCUGGACAUCUCAUAACCGCAAUCAGAAGCUAAAGUUGCAUUGCAGUGAAGCCAACAAUCUGACGUCAUGACUCAUUACCACCUUGUGGCUUCGAGACAUUGUUCUUCUUGCUUCACCCUUCCUAACACCUCCCAAUAGGAAAAAGCACUUAAUCCUUCAAAAGAAAUGGUUUCUAUCAACCAUCUUCUUCGCUGCCAUCACCUCCCUCCCUUCUCCAAUCUUUCUUAGCCCAUGGAAGAUUGGAACAUGCUGGCGGCAGACUGUGUUGUCAUAUCUUGUUGCUGCCAAUGCUUAAUCCUACAAAUGGUCGUCUUCGUCUUGCUCAAACUGCCAUACAAGUUGUUUCGGAAGACUAAAGAGUAUGCCAAGAAGAAGCUUAUGCUGCAUGGAAGGAGACAACACAGAGGCACAGAGAGAGAAAUGAAGCCAUAUGAAGAUGAGUUCAGAGAAAUACAGGGAGGGCUAAGAAUUCAAGUAGAAGGAGGAUUCCCAGAAGAUGGAAGCCAGGGUUGUGGGUGUUGUAUGGAGGAAGUUGAGAGGGUGUUGGAGGAGUAUUCCCAGAGGGGAGAGUUUGCCUUUGGAAGCUUUUGGGGUAGGGGGGAAUCAGACAAAGAAGAAUUUGCAAGUAAUGUUGUGCAAUGUCAUUUAAUUGAAAUGAUUGGUUCUUUCAGCUAUGCCUAACAUAGCCAUUGUUGAUCUUCAUCUUGAUAACCACCUUCAUGCAUAAGGUUAAAUCUAAGGAUGUAUAUAUACUUUUAAUUUGGUUAUAGAUUAUAAGGGUAAUAAUUGGUGUUGAUCGGUCAUAUUCGU